UUCAUGUUUUCCUUUCACCUCCCUCCCCAUUCCUCCACUGAGAAAAGUUAUGGGGGGCCCAUUUGUCCAUUCCAUGGGAGUUUUGAGGACUCAAGCACGCAAAGAUAAAACCCCAUCGCCCCUUUCUCCUCCAAUCCCCCCCCACUCUCUGCCUCCUGAAGAACACGCCCAAAAUCCAAACCCCAUAUCAUAAGAUCGCAAUCUUCUUCUUCUUCCAAGAGUGGGAAUUGAUCGAGAUAUGAGAGUCCCCGUCACGACCUCUCAACAACAGCAGAACAAUGAUUCCCUGAAACCCAAUAUCUCGGUUCCCGCCGCCGCCGCUAUCCCCGCCGGUAACAACCACCACCUGAGCCUCUGCUCCUAUGAGCCCACCUCGGUGCUUGACCUCCGCAGCCCCGUCUCCUCCUCCGACCUCAAGCCUCCCCCUGCCUCCUCGGACCUCACCUCCACCACCCUGCCUCAGCCGCACCAUGGUUGGGGCGACGGCGAUGGCCACCACCACGCCCUCCAGUCCCUUGACUGGGACUCCAUCAUGAAGGACCUCGACCUCCACGACGACGUCUCCGCCCCUGCGCCGCUCAACCCGCCCGAGUCGACCCACUUCGUAAGCAACUCCUCCGAUUUCGCCGCCCUCUCCGACGUUUACGGCUCCUGCCACCAGAGCUUGGCCCAUGUCCCGACCAGUAACUACGGUAGCCUCGAGCUUGGGGGAGAGGUCUGCAACAAUUGGGGUUUUGCGUUUGAUUUCCUCGAGGAGCUGAUUCAGGUCGCGGACUGCGUCGACUCUGGCGAGUUACAGCCCGCUCAGGUGAUAUUGGCGCGGCUCAAUCAUCGGCUCCGCUCCCCCGCCGGGAAGCCACUCCACCGAGCUGGUUUCUUCUUCAAGGAGGCUCUCCAGUCCCUCCUCGUCUCAGGCUCGAACUGUUCUCCCCCUCAGCUCUCGACGUGGCCGGACAUCGUCCAGACCAUAAAGGCCUACAAGGCCUUCUCCGGGAUCUCGCCGAUCUCCAUGUUUUCCCACUUCACGGCGAACCAGGCCCUCCUUGAAACCCUGGACGAUUCGCCGCUCGUCCACAUCGUCGACUUCGAUAUCGGGCUGGGCGGCCAGUACGCCUCUCUGAUGCGGGAGGUGGCCGAGAGGGCCCGUGGUUCGCACGCCCCGGCUUUGAGGGUCACCGCCGUGGUGGCGGAGGAGUACGCUGUCGAGACGAGGCUUAUCCGCGAAAACCUCGCCCAGUUCGCCCACGACCUGAACCUCCGUUUCAGCAUCGACUUCGUGCUGAACCGGGCCUUCGACAUGUUGUCGUUCAGGGCGGUCAAGUUUGUAGAUGGGGAGAGCCUCGCCGUCCACUUGUCGCCGGGGACAAUUUUCCGCCUCGGAUCGGCUGGGCACGUUGCCAGGUUCCUCGGCGACCUGAGGCGCCUGUCCCCAAAAGUAGUCGUUUUCGGGGACUCCGAGCCAUGGUGGGGCCUCUGCGGCAGCACAGGAGGCGGCUCGGGGUCAUUCAGGAGGAGCUUCGUCAGCUGCCUCGAGCACUACAGCACCGUGUUCGAGUCCCUCGAUGCUGCAGCGGGGUGUGGAGGCGCGGGCAGCGGCGGAGGUGACUGGCCGAGGAAGAUCGAGACGUAUCUCAUGCAGCCGAGGAUCAACUCGGCGGUGGAGGCAGCGGCAUCGGCGUCCAAGAGGGGGGCGGUGCCGCCGGGUAGGGAGGUGUUCCAGGCGGCGGGGAUGAGGGCGGUGCAGCUGAGCCAGUUCGCGGACUACCAGGCGGAGUGCCUGCUGGGGAAGGUACAGGUGAGGGGCUUCCACGUGGCGAAGCGGCAGGCCGAGCUGGUGCUCUGCUGGCAUGACAGGGCUCUGGUUGCCACGUCAGCUUGGAGGUUCUGAUGUAGGAUAUAUUUUUUUCUCAUUGGGCCGCAGGGAGAUGGCAGGGCUAAUUAAUUUUAUAUAAUAUUAAUCGAGAGUGUUAAAGAAACAUUUUCACUGAAAAAAAGAAAAAAAGAAAUUAUGGGGAUGUUAUUAUUUAUUCGAAAAAAUCCCUAUCUCUCUCUCUCUCUCUCUCUCUCUCUCUAAGUUAUGUUAGUUUCGGCUUUUAUUUUUUUUUGGGGGUGUUUGGUACUUAAGUUUUACUUUUUGCAAGUACAUAAUCCAAACAAACAUGUUUGGUUAGAGUUUUAUUUUUUCUUUUGCAUAUCUAUGAUAAAUGUAAUGGUGAAGUGGGGAAAAAAUCCAAAAAUUAAUACAUAUAUAUAUAUAUAGAUAAUCUAAUUUCGUCCACUUUCUUUC